GACGAAUAUAUGGCUGCCUUUGCCAGGAGAUUCAAAACGUUUAUGAAGAAUCCCAAAGAUGGAAGGAGUCCAUCUUUCAACAGAAAGCCAUACCAGAAGGUCAAAACAACAGAAAGCAGUGGUGAGCUUCUCUGUUACAAUUGCAGACAACCUGGUCACUUCAAGGCUGAUUGUCCCCAUCCAAGGGUGUCCAAGAAACAAGGACAGGAUGGAGAAAAGAAGAAGUACGAAGACAACUCCGGAAGGAGAAAGGCACUUGUGACAGAACAGCUAGAGAAAGACCCUCUGUCAGAAACAGAAUCCAGUUCUGACUCAGAUUCUGAUGAGGCCUUAUGUUGCCUUGAUACUGAGACAGAAGACCUUUGCCUCAUGGCUCAUUCUGAUGAUGAGGUAACCUCUACUUCUGAAUCUAGUUUUUCUUCGGUAGGCUUAGCUUUUGAUUCUGAUUCAAUGUCAGAAUUUUGGGAAGAGUUUAAGGCCAUACAAGCCACUUAUUCUUCUGUAACAGAAGAAAACAGUAAGUUAAAAGAUGAAACUCUUGACUUAAAGAAGGAGAUUGAGAUCAAAAUCAAUCUUCUAAUUAAGGAAAGAGAUCAACUGGAGACUGAAAAUGUUUCUCUUCUCAAGAGAAUAAGAGAAAUAGAGCCUCUCUAGAUUAAGUACAAAGCUUACCAGAAGGCCCAGUCUUCCAUGGAAAAGAUUGUACUUGAUCAACAGAUUGGCACUGGUUUUGGUCUUGGUUAUGGCUCAACAGAAUCAGGUGAGCCUUCUGUAAUGCCUAGCACCAGUGUUGCUAAGGCAGAUAAGGUCAUAGUGCCACUGAUUUCUAGCCCCAUUUGUCAAGCUGGUGUAUCUGGCACCAAGGUUGUUCAUGAGGAAGUCAGACCAGAAAAGGGAAAGAUAAAGGUUCAACAGAAACCCUUUUUGAAAAAUAAUGAACCUGGCAGAAAACCUAACAACAGAAAAGGUUUUCAAGAUAACAAAAAUAAAAGACCAUUCAUUGACAGACAACCUCAUGUCAAUCGUGCCAGAAAUGAUCACCACAAGGGCAAAUAUCAAGAGAAAGUUAACUUUAGGCAGAAGAGGUUGGCUGGUCAACUUCAGAAGCCCAAAGCUAACCGUCCCUCUGCUCUUGAUAGUAUAUGGGACUUCUUUCCAACAAAAAAGGCUAUGCAAAAGUAUGUAAACAGGAAGCAUGACCCUCACAAGCAUCUGCCCAAAGUGAAUCACACUUCAGUUUACUAUAACUACCAGGUGGACAAUGGGUACCACCCACCAAGGUUUCACUUGAUGAGACCAAAAUGGUACCAACUACCCAGACUCCAUGACCCCCCAGGACCCAGCAUUGCUUGGGUACCUAAAUUUUUCUUUUGAUCUUGCAGGAACUGUGUGCUGGAGCCAUCUCUGAACAAGAAUGGUUUAUUGAUAGUGGAUGCUCCAGGCACAUGACAGGUGACAGAAGUUGCCUAACUGAGUUCCAGAAAUGCAAAGGACCUAGAGUUACCUCUGGAGGUAAUGACAAAGAAAGUCAAACAAAAGGAAGAGGGAAGCUGAUCAAGAACCAGAUAGUCAUUGAUGAUGUCUCUUAUGUCAAAGGACUGAAGUUCAACUUGCUGAGUGCUAGCCAAUUCUGUGACAAAGGCUACACUGUUGAAUUCACAAAGGACUUCUGCUAUUUGAAGCAUGAGACAACAAAGGAAGUGGUUCUUACAGCAUCAAGAAAGAAGAACAUCUAUGUAGUUGAUUGGAACACAGCAAAGGAUGGAGUUUGCCUGAUAGCCAAAGGAGAUUCAAAACUGAGCUGGGACUGGCACAAAAAGCUCAACCAUUUGAAUUUCAAAACAAUCAACAAACUGGCCAGAGAACACAUUGUAGAAGGGCUACCAGACAUUGUAUACAAGAAGGAGACCCUCUGCAGUGCAUGUCAGAAGGGCAAACAAGUGAAGAAUUCCUUCAAACCCAUUGCUGGAGAUCUUUCCACAAGUCCUCUAAAUCUGAUUCACAUGGAUUUAUUUGGACCUGUUGAGACUCCAAGCGUUGGUGGCAAGAAAUAUACCCUAGUCAUGGUUGAUGACUACUCCAGAUAUACAUGGACUAUUUUUCUAUCAAAGAAAAAUGAAACUCUUCAGAAGUUGCCAUCUCUGUUAAAGCAACUUCAGACUGAGAAGAAUUUGAAAGUGAAGACAAUCAGAUCAGACAGAGGAACUGAAUUUGUCAACCAAGUCAUAAAGGACUUCUGUGAUCAGAAUGAGACUUUUCAUCAACUUUCUGCCGCCAGAACCCCUCAACAGAAUGGCGUAGCAGAAAGAAGGAACAGAACUUUAAAAGAAGCUGCAAGAACGAUGAUUGCUGGAUCUGGAUUGCCUAUGAGAUAUUGGGCUGAAGCAAUCAACACUGCAUGCUAUACUCAGAACAGAAGCAUGAUCAACAAGAACCACCAGAAGACCCCUUAUGAACUCUGGAAAGGAAGAAAACCCAACAUCAGCUACUUCAUGUAUUUGGAUGCAAGUGCUACAUUCUUAACAAUGGAAAGGAGCAUCUGAAAGUCUUUCAAGAGAAGGCUGAUGAAGGAGUCUUUAUAGGCUAUUCAAACACCAGUAAAGCCUAUAGAGUACUCAACAGAAGGACCCUACAUGUUGAAGAAUCUAUACAUGUGAAGUUUGAUGAAAGCAUCUCUGUUAAAGAGGUAACAGAGAUCCUCAAGGAAGUCAGCAUAGAAGAUAGAACACCAGAACCAACAGAAGAGGUGACAGACAACCCUGCAUUUCCAACACCUGCACCAAACCCCCUUCUAUUGAAUGAAGAUGAAGACUCUGAAGAUGAGGAACCAGAGAGACCAAGACAGCAGCUCACAGAACCUGACCUAACAUGGUUAAGCGAUCAUCCCCCUAACCAAGUGAUUGGUCAAAUCAGAAGUGGAGUUCAAACCAGAUCCACUUCAAGGAGAGAAGCAAUGCUUGCCUGCUAUAUAUCUCUGUAACACCCCGGCCCCACCGGACCCGUGGUAGUUACUCUAGACCUCUAGUACUGUCCCCACAAACCACCACGAGCUUUUACCGCGCACUUUGUCCUCACUCAUGCGCGCCCUGAGAAACUUCCCAGGGGGUCACCCAUCCCAAGACUACUCCCUUGCAAGCACGCUUAACUUUGGAGUUCUUGGGUGAUGAGCUCCCUUAAAAGGAGAUGCACCUCUGUUGGUAUGAGUAGUACUAUUAAUCCAUUUAUAUUAAAUCUCAAGUGUUACAAUCACCCCCACUUAGGAUCGCAACGUCCUCGUUGCGCCCUUAAACCAAUCUCAAUAAAACCCCAGAAUCUUGCCCCGCUAAGUGCCCGCCCGAUAUCUAACGGGUCAGCACACUGUCGCAGGGUUGCUCUGAUACCACCUGUAACACCCCGGCCCCACCGGACCCGAGGUAGUUACUCUAGACCUCUAGUACUGUCCCCACAAACCACCACGAGCUUUUACCGCGCACUUUGUCCUCACUCAUGCGCGCCCUGAGAAACUUCCCAGGGGGUCACCCAUCCCAAGACUACUCCCGUGCAAGCACGCUUAACUUUGGAGUUCUUGGGUGAUGAGCUCCCUUAAAAGGAGAUGCACCUCUGUUGGUAUGAGUAGUACUAUUAAUCCAUUUAUAUUAAAUCUCAAGUGUUACAAUCUCAAAUGGAACCUAUGACUGUUGAAGAAGAUCUUGCAGACUCAGAUUGGAUCAAUUCUAUGCAAGAAGAGCUUACUCAGUUUGAAAGGAACAAAGUAUGGGAACUUGUUCCUAGGCCAAAGCACCAGAAUGUCAUUGGAACCAAAUGGGUAUUCAAAAACAAGGCUGAUGAAGAUGGCAACAUUGUAAGGAAUAAAGCUAGGCUGGUAGCCAAGGGAUACUGCCAAGAAGAAGGAAUUGAUUUUGAUGAGACUUUUGCACCAGUUGCCAGACUUGAAGCCAUCAGAAUCUUUCUAGCUUAUGCUGCUUAUAACAACAUCAAGGUCUACCAGAUGGAUGUCAAGAGUGCAUUUCUAAAUGGAGAUCUUGAAGAGGAAGUUUAUGUGGAACAACCACCAGGUUUUGUCAUUCCUACUCAAUCUUCUUGUGUCUACAAGCUUAAAAAGGCCCUCUAUGGUCUUAAGCAAGCUCCCAGAGCCUGGUAUGACACAUUGUCCCUUUUCCUAGUGAACCAUGGGUUUACUAAAGGAAAGGUUGACAAAACUCUAUUUCACAUCUCUGUUGCUAAUCAUAUUCUGUUAGUACAAAUAUAUGUUGAUGAUAUUAUAUUUGGUAGCACUAAUCCAGAACUGUGCAAGAAAUUUUCUCAAGUGAUGCAGAGUCAAUUUGAAAUGUAUGAUGGGAGAACUCAGUUACUUCCUAGGACUUCAAGUCAAACAAGUUCCAGAAGGGAUCUUUAUCAACCAAGGGAAGUACACCAGAGACCUGAUCAAGAAGUUUGGAGUGGAAGGCAAAUCCUCAGUGAAGAUUCCCAUGAACACCUCACAAGGAAUUGGUACAGAUGAUGAAGGAAAGGAUGUAGAUGCAACAACAUAUAGAGGAAUCAUAGGAUCUCUGUUGUAUCUAACUGCAAGCAGACCAGACAUCUCAUUCUCUGUUGGAAUCUGUGCCAGAUAUCAAUCAAAGCCCAAGGAAAGCCAUCUAAGUGCUGCAAAGAGAAUCAUCAGAUACAUCAAAGGAAAUCCAAAUGCAGGCCUAUGGUAUCCAAAGGGAGGUAACUUUGAACUAAUUGGUUAUUCUGACUCAGAUUUUGCAGGUUGCAGACUAGACAGAAAGAGCACCUCUGGUCACUGCCAAUUGCUAGGAGGAAGGCUUGUUUCCUGGUUUAGCAAGAAGCAGAACUCUAUCUCAACAAGUACAGCUGAGGCUGAGUACAUUGCAGCUGGGAGUUGCUGUGCUCAGCUACUCUGGAUGAAGCAACAACUGAAGGACUAUGGAAUUCAAGCAAAGGAGAUCAAGUUGUUGUGUGACAACACCAGUGCCAUUGCUAUCACUCAGAAUCCAGUUCUUCAUUCCAGGACAAAGCACAUUGAGAUCAGACAUCACUUCAUCAGAGAUCAUGUUGAGAAGAAGCACAUUUGCAUGGAACAUGUGCCCCAACAGAAGACCAGAUUGCAGAUAUCCUGACAAAGCCUCUUCCUGAGGCUAGGUUCAACAAACUAAGAGAGGAAUUGGGAAUGAUGGAUGAAAUUCCAAGGGAAAGUUGAAAAGAAAGGCCCUCUGUUGCUAAAUUCCUGUUAACAGAAUACCUUUUGCAGAACCCCUUCUGUUAACCUCUUCUGUUCCCUACCCUGGCAGAACACCUCAGCAACAGAAACCCUUUCUACAGAAAACCCCCUCUUAUGUCUAACACAAGGUUGUGGACUUAGAAAAUUCUGAAAACCGGGUGACCUAGUAAAUUAUUAAAGGUCUUUUACCCUUUUACCCUUAAAACGGUAUCCAGCCGCAUAAUAUUUACUGCGCCCCUUUUUACAUUUAUUGGUACCUUGGAACCGUAAAUUAUCUCAAACGUCCACUAACCCGUAUCCAUAAAACCCCCUUUCGCAAACCUAAACCGUUACUUCUUUCAUAACUCUCAAGCUUUUGCACUCUUCUCUCUCCAAAACUCUCAAACCGCUAAAAACUCCAUGGCUUUCUUGAGCUUCUCCGAUCUUUCCAAGGAACAAAAGGCAACUCUUCUCAAAAAUGUACUGACAGGAAUGAGAUGCGAACUGGAAGUACUACCCAGGUUCGCAGAGAAAACGGAGAGGAUGACCACCAUUGUUGACGGACUGUCACAGUGUCAACUGAGCAAGGUCAUCACUCAUGCUUAUGAGGCCUACAGUAACAUUGACACCGUUGAGUUCUAUCUCAACGCUUCCUUCAAGGAUGAAAACAUCUCCUCCAUCGUCCAAGGAGAAGAAAUUUUGAUUGAUGCUGACGUCAUCAACAAGAUCUUCAAUAUUCAACUAGAGGAAGGCAGGGCCUCUCUACUUGAUUUGGAGGAUACUGACAUCCCUCUGCCUGAAUUCAAGAAGAAGUUCUGCAAGAAAGGUGAGGAAGUAGAGAAGGUCAACAUCAAGAAGAACCUGCUCAAGAAGGAAUUUGAGCUGCUCAUUAACAUUUUCCACAAAUGUUUAUGGUGCAAAUAUACCUCCACCGAUGAUGUCACAACUGCAAAUGCCAAGGCCCUCUAUGCAGUGCAUCAUGGGGUAAACAUCAAUUGGGGACAAGUCAUGGUAAAGUCCCUAAUUGAGGUGAUCAAGAAGAAGAACCCAAAGACUAGCCUCUACUCUGGGAAGCUAGGGCAUGGACUGCUCAUCUCAGAAGUGCUCCUCAAACAAGGGGUAACCUUGAGGAAGGCUACAGCUUUGGAUCACACCAAGGUAAUUUUCCUGACUGCCUCUCCAAAUAGGGAAAAAGCCAUAAAGGCAGAGCUGAAGAGACAGCUUCAGCUUGAGGCUAAGAGACAACAAGGAGAGAAGGUGCAGAAACCCCUCUCUGGAGCCCCUUCUGCUGAAAAGAAGAAGAAAAAGAAGACCAAGAAGGCAGAACCGGUUGCUCCUCCAACCAUGAAGGCUGGACAGAAGAGGAAGAGGACCACAAAACUCAAGAAGAAGGUUGCUAAACCUAUGGUCUCAGUGUCUGAGGAAGUGGCAGACACUAAGGGGGAACCAGAGAUCCCCACCUCUGCUGCAUCUCCUGAACAGAACAGGGUGUCAACUCCAACAGAGCACCCUAGUCCUGUCAAAGAUGGGUAUCUGUCCUUGCUUGACAGACAGUUUACCCGGGUCCUUGAAUGGAGAAGAUGGAGAAUGGGACCCCUCCACAAAAUAAUCCAAUAUUUUGAUCACUAUGAGCCAGAAGAAGAAGAAGCCAUCCUGAAUUGGGUUGGGACUGAUGAUGUCUCAAAAUGCUUUGCCCUCAACUUUCUUCACUCUGUCCUUGAGAAGAAGAAGGCAAGCUACAAGGGAAAGGCUGUCCUCAUCUCCUCACCCUCAUAGGAGACAGUCAAACCUCUAGAAGAGGGAGAGAUAGAAGCCUUUGAAGAAUGGCUGUUCACCAAGAUGGCAACUGAUUCUGUGCAACCCAACUUCAACCCGGGAGAGCCCUCUGUACCCAAGACAGAAGGGCAAGCUAUGAUGGAGCAUAUCAAGGAGUGGAGGUCUUCUUUGCUCAAAGAUAACAUCAUUGAGGUAAUCUCUCCAACCCCUUCUGUUAAUAUCCCAACAGAACCCCACAUUCCCUCACCUCCCACCAGCACAGAAACCCCUCCACCAGAAAACCCUCAACCUAAAUCUCCUGAACAGAAAACCCCCACCCCUCCUCACUCACCCAAACAGAAAAUUGCAUCACCCUGCAGAGCAAUUGUUCCCUUCAGAAACCGUUCACCUUCACCUCCACCAUCUCCUCCUCAACAGAAUGCCUCACCUAUUCAAUCUUCACCCCAGCACCAGAACCCCUCACCCCAACAGAUAUCCUCUUCUUCUUCCGAAUCUGAACAUCAAACCCCACCUCCAGAAUCACCUCCUCCACACCAACUUGCAGAGAAGCUUAAACCUGUAUGGUUUCUCAGAGAUUCAGACCCUACAACUGUCUCCCCCAUCUCUGCACCCCAAGGCCAUUCUAGGCACUCUACUGCCCCCAAUCCCUCCUUCCGAAAGAAGAAGAAGGUCACCAGGAACACAAUACCCAUAUACUCUUCUUAUGAAGAUUCAUCUGACAUGGAUGGAUUCAUGGUCAGCAAGUCAUAUCAAGCUACAUCAAAGAGACAGAAGACCCCUCCUCUGACUCAACUGGAGCAUGAACUGCGUGUCCAAUCUCUCUCAUCUGUCCAAGAACAUCACCCCCUGCCUAAGGGAAGAGGUCUAGAGAUGCCUCCAGCUGAUGGACAACAGAAUAACAUUCCCUUCAACAAAUUUGUUGAAUCAGCAGAAGACUUUGGUGGACAAAUCCUCCAAGGCAUGGACAAGCUUAUAGAGAUCAAUGAUAAACACUAUGGGCACCUUGCUCAUGUGAAUGACAAUCUCAAUUCAGGGAUGCAGUUCAUAUCUGAUCGUUUUGAGAACCUCACAGGAACACUCAACAACUUCAUAGCCUCCUCCUCUGCCAGAACAGAUGUCCUGUCAACAGAAGUGGUAGGUAUCCACAAAACCCUCUCUAUCUUUCAACAGACUCUCCUAGAUCAAGGACAGGCAAUCAACACUAUCUCAGAGCAUCUUGAGGCUCUGAAGAAAUCUGAUGCCAGAACAGAGAGGCAACUGACCUCUAUUGAGGAAAUGUGCAGAGCUCACCAAGAACAAGCUCAAGCUCUCCUAUCCAUUGACAGAGACAGAUAUCAGAAGAUGGUGCUGCUUGAAGCCAAUAACAAGGACAUCUUUUCUGCCAUUCAGAAGCAGCAAGGUCUCAUUGAAGGCCUUACCUCUGUCACUCAGACUCUACCAGAGGCCUUUGAGCAGAUAGCCUCCACUCAGGCCUCAGAGUUCCAGAAGAUAAGCCCGAUGAUAGAGGAUAUGCAUGAUGCCAAAAGGGGGGAAGAGGACCCUCAACAGACUAGGCCUAGGUCCCACAGAACUCCUACUAGGGAACCCUCCUCUGCUGAGCCUACAGUAGAUCCUGCUCCCUACUUUGAAGCUGCCCUACAGAAGAAGAGAGCAGCAGGCAUACCUAGACCCCCAUCUCCAGUAAAGAAAGGCAUCAAGAAGAAGAAAGUCUUUAACUUCACUGAAUGGAGAUUGGGUGGAUCUCAGAGGAUUGACAGAGCUCAAUUUGAAGAUAUGAAGGCCAAAAUGACUCCCACCCAACAACAGCACCUCUAUUCAGACAAAGAUGGUGUUGUGAGAGUUAGGUAUGGGGGAUCCUUAGAAGAAGCUGAAGAAUGGUAUAAGAAGAACAUUGUCCCAGGAAAGACAAUACAUGAAGGUGUUCUCAGCUAUCUGGACUGCAAGCUUUCUCCCAUUUGGGCAUCUUAUCAAAGCUCUGGCAACCUUUCCAAGAUCAGAGCAGAAAUCAAUGAAGAACUGCUCAGGCUUCAAAGAUUGGAGGAAGAAGCUCUACAAGCAGCUAAUUUGGAGAAUGUGUAAGGAUUAUCUCUGUAAAUCUUAUCUAAUAAAAUCACAUCUCUGCCUUCUCACUUUGAAGUGCUUUUUCUUAAUUCCUGUCUUUUUGCCUUCUGCUUGUGUUUGCUUAUUUCAUUUAUAUUCUGCUAUCUGAAUGUACUGUACUCUUACUAUUUUCCUAUGCCAAGUUUCCCACCAAGAUUUUAAUGGAAGUUUUUAAACUUUAAUCUUUCUUUAUGGUGAAGGCACUUCUCUGGAAAUAGUUAAAGGGUUUUUGGCAUCAUCAAAAAGGGGGAAAUUGUAAGGAAUAUUUGUAUUUAGAUUUUGAUGAUGCUAGAUUAAUUAGGACUUUAGAGUACCCCUAUUUAGACUUAAUGUAUUAGAAUUUUCACUUGUAAAGUUCUUAGUGUAAUCGACUUGGCAGAUGCCUUCAGAGCAGAAGACCUUCUGAGCAGAAGGGCUCCAAGAGCAGAAGACCCUCGUAAGGCAUUAUUGAAACAGAGGACCUUUGGUUCUCUGCUCCAGAACAGAAGACCUCAGGAUCUCUGUUACCCUUUACUCUGACAGAAACCCUUCUGGGUCUCUGUUGGAUAUAUUCCCAACAGAAGUGCUCCAGACCUCCUCUGUUCAACUCUCAGUUAAAGACACCAGAAGGUCUGACACUUAGAAGAAUUCCACAGAACCGGGAAGUCAACUAAAAGAUUCCUUCAACGGCUAGGAGUAUUGAACAGAAAAGCUACAGUGCGCGCAUUAAAUGCUCAUUUAAUGCUCCCCAUGCUCCGUAGAGUAAUUGCAGAUGAUUGGCCGCAAUGUCAGGAAUACUUUAUCCCAAAAUAGUAACCCGCCAACUUUAUCGGGCUCUACUAGUCAAGUCAACUGAUCUCUCAUUUAAUGCAGUUGUCCUCCUACUCCUCCGACGGGAAGACAACCUCAAUAUAAAAGAUACACUACGAAGAACAACCGGAUAACUUUGCAAUUUUUGCUAACCAUUGCUACAACUCUUCAUACAAGAAAUUCAAACUCUGAAAAGCAAAAAGCCUCCUUGAGAUUAACACUUCAUCAUCUUCUACAAGAGAAGGCAGAAGUUGGAAAAAUACUUUUUCCAACUCAAGCAAAGUUCCAAGUGUUCUUCAACUCUUCAAGCUCAUCACAUACAAAUCCUUUGUAACGAAGCUAGUUGGAGGAACCCCUGUGUUAACAGAAACUCUUCUUGCUACAAGAAGGACGUCCAAGUAACUGGAGUAGUGAAGUGGUGAUACUUCCAGGAAGCUCAGUGAAAGGACCAGUCUUAAAGGAAGCCAGGUAGUGCAUCCCAGGAGACAUCUACACUUGAAGAAGACGUGGAGAGCUUCUUAAGUGAUAGGGCUAAGGCAUUGUAAACGGAAGUCUUUACAGCUUAGUGGAACAGUGGACUAGAGGAACAAGUUGUUCCUUGAACCACUAUAAAAAUCCCUGGUGUCAUUUACUUACUGCUUUAAUAUUUGCACUUAGAUAGAACUGUCUAACUCCUCAGACUUGGUAUCUGUGUUCAGCAGAACUUGUCCUACGAGUUAACAGAAGGCCUACUGCCUUUGCUUCUCUGAGGCUAAAUCAACAGAACUCCCUACCAGAACCCCAUCCGCUGCCAGUCUGUUCUGUCAACAGAACAGGCUAUUCUGUAAAAUCUGGUACUUAGUCUAAAAAGCUAAAAACCAAUACAGUCUAUUCACCCCCCCCCUCUAGACUGUAUCCAGUAUAACCGGGACCAACACAAGUUCACAUGUGAAUCCUGUACCGGAAAUAAGAAAGGUAAUAAUAAAAAAACUUAAAAAAUGAGUGAUUUUUGAUUGAGUGCAGAUGAAAUGGGAAGUGUAUGCAGAUUUUGUUUCCUUCAAAAGUGAAUAGUACUAUUUCUGUUAAUAUUUGUUUACAUUAAUGUCAACAGGAGAUUGUAGGGACGGAAGAAUUGGGGCAGCUAAAAAGAAAACAAACAGCUGGAGCAACAAUGAAAUCACCCUACUUAAGAAGAGUUAUUGAUCCAAGUGAUGCAUUAACCGUAGUUGAACGCGCAAUGGGCGGUUGGAUACUUCUUGACGUUGAUGGAGAUGCGAAUGAGGUUAUUUUCAAAGGCCUUAACCAAUUGAAGCUUACCCGCGGACAACUGAUGAGCAUCAAGGAUGGUUGUCACAUCGAGGAAAGUGUAAUCAAUGCUUGGGCAUUCACACUAAAUUGUAAAGAGAAAGACCGAAGCAGUGAGUCUACCAGUAGAGUAUUUGCUAAAGUCUUGCCCUGUCUUGAGACACAGACCGACCUGGGAUUGAGUGCUGACAGUGCUUACCCCCUAUUUGUGGAAGCCAUUGAGUUUGGGUUGGAAGCAAUAAAAGUCCAAACUGCACUUUCAAAAGUUGAUUUGUUUUUCUUCCCGAUCAUGCAAGUGCAUCACUGCUAUGUACUUUGUCUGAAUACUAAGCUGAAGCGUGUGGAUAUCAUUGAUAGCUCAUCGGAUAGAGCACGCAAUAUUGAUAAAUACGGGGAAAUGCCUCAAAUAGUGAUAAAUAUGUUAGUGAAGUACAUGGAUUCAAGAAAUACGAUGACCAAAUCUGAGAAAGUCAGGAAGGCAACACCGAAGAGGCUAGGAAUGGAGUGGAGGCAGAGGCAGACGAAGAACUUGUACGACUACGGCAUUUUCACAAUGCGGCAUAUGGAAACAUAUCAAGGUCAAGGCUUACAAGGACGGAAUAUUGGGUUGAAGGAAACAGACACAAAACUGGUAGGAAUGUUACGUGUGAAGUACAUUUCUGCAUUUCUCCUGAAUGAAAAUAAUGAGUACAUGCAGUCAAACUUAGUGAAGGCAAGGAAUUUUGCAAAGAAAGCUAAAGAAGAGAAACAAAUGGUGGCAGACCGAAAGAAGGGAGCAGCGGCAAAUGAAUGAAUUUAGUCAAAUUUGAAGUUGACAUCAGUUUGACAUUACAGUUUACAAUGAUGUAUUUGCAUUUUUAAAUUAAAAAAAGGUUUAUGGUUAAUGUUUGUGUGUGAAACAAGACGUUGAAUACAAUUACUUUUUAAUAUAUGUUCGAGAUUUGCAUGA